AUGUUGGCCUCCAACCUGACGGACACCUGGUUCCCCCGCUUCGACUCGGCGCUGAGGGCCUUGAACCAGACGCUCCACCACAGGGAGCCGUGCACCCACCACGGGCACAUCCGCAGUGAAGAGGACGAGAAAUACGCCUACAUGUACAUUCUCUUUGUGAUGAUCCUCUUUGCUGUAACGGUCGGGAGUAUGAUCUUGGGGUACACCCGGUCCCGGAAGGAAUUUGACAAGCAGAGCGAUCCCUACCACGAUUAUAUCAAGGAGCGGGUGAGCAUGAUAUGAC